UUCAGUGGGCACACAUCUACCACCCUGCCCCCUGCUUGCCCUGAACCCUCCACAUUCUACGUUGGCACUUCACAAUCUGAGGACUGUCUCUGGAGCACGAUCUAUACGCCGGGUUCGACUCCGCCGACUGGCGGAUUUCCGGUCCUUGUGUGGAUCCACGGCGGGUCUAAUUACUUUGGAUCAGCUUCUGCUCCUGGAUUAGACGGUAGCCAACUUGCCUCAAGCGGAAACAUCAUGGUCGUUGUCAUUCAGUACAGACUUGGAGUUCUGGGCCUGGUUCCUCCUUCCCAGGCAGCCUCCAACGGCGACCCAAAUCUCGGUCUACAAGACAUCAUCCAUGCCCUUCAGGCAGUCAAUGAAGGCAUCUCGGUGUUCGGUGGAGAUCCAUCCAAAGUCACGGUCGGAGGAGAAAGCUCUGGAGCCCAGAUGAUCAGAGCCUUGCUUGGUGCACCUUCCGCUGCUGGCCUCUUUCGAGCGGCCAUCCUCCAGUCUGACCCCAUGAUCUAUGGCUUUGCUUCGAGUAGCCUCACCACCCAGCUUCAGUCAUAUGUCUACUCUCUGGGUUCAUUGGGUCGAUGCACAGACCUCUCCUGCCUUCAAGCCUUAUCGGUCGAAGAUGUACUGUCAGCACAGACACAACUCAAUCAGAUGGCACCUUACAUGAUCACCGGAGUCCCCUUUUCGGAGGUGAUGCGACCAACUUACGGUACCCCCACCCUGCCUGCCGACCCGACCGAGUCUCUGUUUGGUGGUGUCUCAACAUUGUCGACCUCUAACAUCCCUCUCCUCAUCACUACAGUCCGUAACGAAGGUGGUCAAGCCGUCUCCCAGCUUUUCUCUUCUCCUAUAUCCCCGAACAACAACACCUAUCUGUACACUCUCGCCGCAUUGGUCGGUACUGGACGAGCCGGACAGAUCGUCAAUUCUGCUUCCUACGCUCUGCCCGCGUCGGCUCCAAGUGGCAGUGACAUCUUCCGAGAAAAGUUUGAGCUGGCCACCACGGACGGGACAUGGAGAUGCCCGAAUCGCCAAGCUGCAGCUCUUUGGGCCGGUACCGGGGCAAAUGUCUGGGUCGGAGAAUGGGAGGCUGGCGAGACCUAUCCUACCAACGCGUAUGGCGGAUACUGUACCAGUAAAGGAAGGGUCUGUCACGAGGAUGAUAUCUUCCCAUCUUUUGGUACGAAUGGCGCGAACGAAAACUUGGUAGGCCAUUCUACAUCCUUUUAUCAUCCAAACUGA